GGUUAACCUCUGAUCAAUAAUGAUAUAUUCAUAUGAGUAACAUACGAGCUGUGGACAGGACCAAAAUCUGUAGUUUUACCUAAAUCCUUGUGAAGUACCCAGUGUUAAAAUAAUUUCACUCCAUUUUUUUUGUUUAAUAUAUACUACAUAAAUGGUUACUGCUUUGCCCAGAUUUACGUUGCAUUUGAAAUCAUUCUGCAGCGUUUCAUUUUGGCCGCAUGUCUCUUUAAAUCUGGGACGGCCUUCGGUUAUUUCCGGUUCUGUGAUAUCUGGAUGGAUACGUGUAAAGCGAACCUACAGCUGGGAUCAUCCUAAUAAUUCUGAAUCCAUGUUCUCCGCGCAGCUGUUUUUUGCUUAAUAGAAUACUGAGAAGGGCUAUGAUUGACUUCGAUCUCGCUGAGGAGUGAUUCCAUGUGAAAGCUGUGGCUUUUCGUUGUCAUUUCGGGAUAUCGCUGUCUUUUCUGCGCUCUCUUUACCGUUAUGUUUGGGCAGUCUGAGCACGCUGGUCCAGUCCCCGCAGACCCGGUGCACUCCGGACUCGCGUUAGCGCUGCGCCAAAGCUGAUCGCGCCGAAGCCGCCUCUCCGCUCUUCUUUCUACCAAACUACAGCCCAGCAGAUCCCGCAGGUGACGCAACGCAGCCUACGAUGCUCCAGGGACCCUAUGCCUCAGACCGAGACAAAGUCCUUAUCCGGUUCCCUUUCCACUUGUUCGCCGUGGGCACAGUUUUCCUGGCACUCGGGGGCUUGAUUUCCUGCGUUUUAAUCUCCGUCUUUUAUAAUUAUUCCGAUGCCACUAACACCCACUGCAAGGUGCCAAACUACCUCCCCUCCAUCAGCGCCUCCAUCAGCCUGGCGCCAGAGCGCUACAUUUGGCGCAUCUGCAUCGGCCUGCACUCCGCCCCUCGCAUCCUGUUGGCGGUGGCCUACUUCAAUCUGUACCGGAUCCACUUCGCCAAGCGGUGUUUGGAGUGGUGCCUGGCUUUAGUGGCCCUGGCCUGCGUACUGGCCGAGAAUCUGGGACUGCUGCUACUCACCUACGUGUCCUCCACUGAGACCUACAAUCUGCACCGGGAUGGUUUCGUCAUGUUCAUCAGCUGCUCACUUGUCCACAUGCUGAUCACUUGCUGGCUCUGGAGGGUGAUUGACCGUUAUUCCCUCACCGCUGAGGAAGGGACCUCGCGCUACUGGAAGCUCCGCCUCCUUCUGUCCAGCUUGAUUGCCUGUGUCUGUGCAGCGUACUUCUACUGGCGACACAACAAAUACUGCGAGCCGGGAGUAUACACCUGGUUCGCCUUCUCCGAGUACAUGAUCGUGCUAUUCAACAUGGCCUUCCACACCACAGCCUACUGGGAUUUCAGGGGCAAGGAGAUGGUGAUCGCCACUGUGCCGGAGGACAAGCGCUUCUGACAGGGGAACCGAGGAAGAGCAGGCAGCGGAGCCAACUCCUCCUCCUCCUCUUCCUCCUCACACUCCCCACAGAAAGGUGGCAGGUACCCUGAUGGGUGGCCAGGGGAACAACUCUUCCACAUUUUCCCUUGAGGAGGGACAGCCUUUUAUCUGCUCCCAGCCGACGGGAGAGCAGGAGCGGCGCUUGGAGUGAGGUGGAGGUCCUCUGCAUCAUUUGGGUGGGAGGGGCCAGCUGUUGCCAGGAAACCAAUGUCCUAGUUGGGAAGUGGGUGAGGGAAGCCUAAUGCAACGAACCUUAGUCUCUGAGAGGGGCUUGUGGUCACCAACUGACAGGAAUAUGCCCCCGCUGUCAGUGUCCUUGUGUGCUUGCCCUGGUUCUACCCUUGGCCUUGUCGUUCCUGGAAUUUCCUCUUUCCUGACAGGUUCCGGUUGCCAUAGUAACAGAAGACUCCAUGUCUGCGGAUGGCUUCCUCUGCUGAUGUGCUUUUAUAACAGAGGCGUGCCUGCGUGCUGUCAGUCACUUUCUGGUCUCAGCCAACAUUUCUGCUCAUUAAAGACUGGCGCUGAAUGAAAAAAUGACACAAUCGGCCUCCUUCAAAUACAAACGUGCUUCUCACAAGAAUAUCAACUGGUGGACUUUCCAGAAUCGAACACACCAGCAAGUUCGGGUGAAAAUUUUAAAAAUCAUGACAAGUGUAUAACUCGACUGAAUAGAACACUGCACUGCCGCUUAGUUUUAGCACAAUUGUGUCUUUAUGUUUAGUGAUUAUUUAUUUUGGUGUAAUUCUGUGAAACUCAGGAAACAUUUUAUUAGUCUUUGAAUUCAGUGACAAUUUUAGACACCUUUUAAAAGGGAAGUUGGUUUCAGGGCCGCCUGUCUGCCGCGUCUAGCUGGUGCCCUCAGUAUUAACAUCAACUUUCUCUGCUGCCAACGUGCUCCGUGGACCAGGAGGAUAUCAGCUUCUGCUUCCGCAUCACCUGCUCCAGUGUCACACGCUAACUGGUUGACGUCCUGCGAUUGAGCUGUGCUGCCAUACGAUAUUUCUGUGACAUCGGGGGGACUUUCACAGCUCACGCCUAGCAGGAGCUGUUCUCUAAUGUAUAUUGCCAGCUUGGGUGUUGUGAUAGAUGUAUAUUUCUCUUGCAAAUAGGUACGCCUAUUGGGGUAAUGCAUACUUUUAUGUAAAUGCAGCUGAGCAACUGUUCAAAAUUGAAAUGAAGGUUACGGGGUGGAUGGUUGUACGUCCAGACCGCUUAGAUACCCCUUAGCUAUGUAUAUCUGAGGAUACCCUGAAUCUCACAAGUAGACUUUAAGUAAAUGCUAAAGUCAGGCCGCUGGCCUGCAGAGUAUAACUGUUUCCAUGGCAACACUGGAAUCUUUUACAAAGGGUGUUUCUCAAUAUUAAAAAUGCAAAGAUCGUA